CUCUAACAGCCACUGAGAUAGCUCUGCUCCGUCAUUGAAAACCUCGGACAAAGUAACCUUGCACAGGUAUCGUAUGCUCUGAUCGCAGCGAUCAUAGUCCGCAAUAGUAGAUGGUCAGGCAAUCUGUGCUGCAGUCUACGCGUAAUGAUUGACAAAACAUCUGGUGUUCACAGGUGACGCGACGGACGGAUGCGACUCAGCAUGAACAGAAUGUAGACGAGUAAAUCACCACCACAGUGAUGACUGGUAAGCAUCAGUAUGACGUUCGACCGUUCAAGAGUCUUGGACCGCAUCACUUCGAAGAGCGACACAAAGACAUACCACAACUGCCACACGUACAUCACAGAUUGUGUCUCACAUAACCAACAUGCCUCCACCAGCAAUUAACCCAGCUCGGCCAAAGGUCCGCUUCUCGCCGCUCGAAUGCAUUGCCAUCGGCUUCGGUGCCGGCAUCGUCGGUGUCGCUGCUAUGACCAUCGCGGAGAAAGCAGAGCAGGCGAUCACUAAGCGCCCGAACUCGCACGUCCCAGGCAAGACGCUCGCCACCUUGCUAGGAGUCUCGCCAUCGUACUAUGGUCAACGUCCGGAAACGUUCAACCAUGCAAUGCACUGGGGACAGGCUGCGGCCGCUGCGACACUUAGAGGCGUAAUGUCGUACUACGGCAUUGUGGGACCGUUUGGUAGCUUCAUUUUCAUGGGCAUCCGGUUGCUUGUAGACCAAACGCUCGAAAAUUACACGGGAGUCGGAGCGCUACCAUGGACGUGGCCUGUCGGCGAGCAGAUUAUCGAUCUGAUGCACAAGGCGAUUUUUGCAGCUGUCACUGGCUACGUGGCUGAUAGAGCCAUUAUCGGCGAGUCUCUUAAUGCUUAGAUCGGUCAUGGCAGCGAGUCCACAGAGACCUGUAGGAGAAAGGGUGUGCUGCUAAGGGAUUCAGCUCGCCUUGAAGGUGGCUAAGACUCCGUAUGACUACAACAAGUCGCCAUGCGAUAUGGAUCGAUACACAGCGCGGCCGUAUGAUGACCAGCCGACGGGCACUUCGUGUACGAUAAUAGCUUCUUAUACUUCGGGUUGCUCGUUGCACCGCGAGCAAACAACUUGUCAUCGCAAUU